AUGGACGCGACUGCACAAGCCAGAUUUAAUCUCAUUCGCGAGAAUUUGGAUGAAGUUCUCAAUCCGGAAAUUGUCGAAGCCAUUCUUGCCGAGGGGCGCAAUCCACGUAUAUACUGGGGUACUGCAACGACCGGACGACCUCAUACCGGAUACUUCACCCCAGCCAUCAAAAUAGCCCAACUCCUAGCUGCAGGCUGCGAAGUCGUAAUCCUCCUCGCCGACGUCCACGCAUUCCUCGACUCUAUGAAAGCGCCUCUUGAACUGGUCGAGAAUCGCGUAAAAUACUACGAAAAGGUCAUUAGAGCAAUCCUCGAGGCCGUCGGCGUCUCGACCGAGAAACUUGAGUUUGUGCUCGGAAGCUCCUAUCAACGAAACUCGGAUUAUGUCAUGGACGUAUAUCGUUUGGCGGCUUUGACUACUGAGCAUGAUGCUAGGAAGGCUGGUGCUGAGAUUGUGAAGCAGUCUAACAAUGCGCCGUUGAGUGGGCUUCUGUAUCCUAUCUUGCAGGUUCUGGAUGAGGAGUAUCUCAAGGUUGAUGCUGAAUUAGGAGGCGUGGAUCAACGAAAACUAUUUACGGCAGCAACUGAGUGGCUACCUAAGCUUGGAUAUCGAAAGCGUGCCCAUCUUGUCACGCCCAUGGUCGCCGGCCUCAACGGUGGUAAAAUGAGCUCCAGCGAUCCCGACAGCAAAAUCGACCUUCUCGACCCCCCUGAAGCAGUCGCCAAAAAGGUCCGCAAAUCCGAGGCAAUUCCUCGCACAAUUGAGAGCAACGGCGUCAUUGCACUUGUCGAAUACGUCCUCCUUCCAGCAGCCAAACUCAAUGGAAAGAACGAGUUCCGUGUCGAGCGGCGGGAUGCAGAACCCUUGAUAUAUACGGAUAUUCAACAACUGAAGGAUGAUUACAUGAAUGAUGUUUUAACGCCACAACUACUAAAGCCAGCCGUUGCAGAAGCCCUAACCAGCCUCAUGGCUCCUAUCAGUGAAGCAUACCAGAAGUCACCGGAAUGGCAAGAGAUCACUCUCAAGGCUUACCCGCCGCCGGUCGUGCAGAAAAAGCAGAAAAAGAUCAAGGAUAAGGGCUCGCACUACCCAGGCGGCAAUAAAAAAAUUACCACGGACAAUGCAGAGAACCUGAAGGAUAAGACAGAUCACACAGAGGCUGAAGCUUAG